GUGUGAAACAUUAAAUGCUUAUCCUGUUAUAAUGGACAGCGAAGAAGAGAACAACUAUCUGAAGGCGUUAAUUAACUCAAAAUAUACAUAUACAGCUGACGUGCCUGCUUUCUUUACCGGCUUCACAGACAUUGAUACUGAGGGUGCAUGGGUAGAACACGGUUCCAAUAACCAAAUGGUAUUCCCGCCGGAUUGGUAUAUGGAUGAACCAAACGGAGGAACGACAGAGAACUGUUUGGUUUUCUAUUUUCCUGACUUGAAAUGGGUAGAUUUCCCUUGCAGCUCUGAGCAAAUAAUGAUUUGCGAAAUGGAUGCACCGGCUUGAUACAAAUAUUAUACUUGGACAUUUAUUUGA